AUGAUCAGUAAACAAUGGAUCCACGUUGUCGACUUUGCGGAUAUCUUCUUUCCCAAGAUCCUGGACAAGUUCGAUUCCCCUCAGCCUGUGACAGACAUCGCAGAGUGCGGGAAUUACGUAGCAUGGGCUGUGGAAGGACAAGAAAUAACGGACAGUGGAACUGUAGUACUAUACGAAAAGUUCUCAAGGGUCGAUCGAAAGUGGAAUAGAAAAUGCGACUUUGUUGUUGGAGCCAGACCAAAAAGCAUCAAAUUCACAAAGGAUUGUUCGACAAUCGUUGUUGCUAAUGAAGGUGUUGCUGCUGUAGCCGGUAAAGGAAGUGGGUCUCAGUGGGUCAAUCCUGAAGGAACAGUCAGCAUCAUUAGACUGUAUGGAAGAAUGCACCAAAGACAAGACCAGGGAGGUAACAGAUGGGGAAACCAAGGUCAAAAUAAUUGGGGUAAUGCUGGCGGAAGAGGUCAAUGGGGCAACAAUGGUCAAGGAGGAGGACCAAAUAAUGGUCAGCCUAACUGGAACAACAGAGGAGGCGGUGGAUGGAACAAUCAGGGUCCAAACCAAGGACCAAAUCAGGGUGGAGGCGGCUGGAACAACCAAGGCCCCAAUCAAGGACCAAAUAGACCCAGAUGGCAGGGACCAAACCAAGGACCAAAUCAGGGUGGAGGCGGCUGGAACAAUCAAGGUCCUAAUCAAGGAUCAAAUAGAGGAGGACCUGGAUGGCAGGGACCAAAUCAGGGUGGAGGUGGCUGGAACAAUCAAGGCCCCAAUCAAGGACCAAAUAGAGCAGGACCUGGAUGGAACAACCAGGGCCCUAACCAAGGCCCUAAUCAAGGGCCAAAUAGACCUAGAUGGCAGGGACCUAACCAAGGACCGAAUCAGGGUGGAGGCGGACGGAACAACCAAGGCCCUAAUCAAGGACCAAAUAGAGGAGGACCAGGAUGGAAUAACCAGGGUCCAAACCAAGGACCAAAUCAGGGUGGACGCGGAUGGAACAACCAAGGCCCUAAUCAAGGACCUAACAGAGGUCAAGGAUGGAACAAUCAGGGUCCAAACCAAGGGCCAAACAGAGGUGGAACUGGAUGGAACAACCAGGGACCCAAUCAAGGAGGCGGUGGUCCUAACCAAGGCCCGAACACAGGAGGACCUCGAUGGAACAAUCAGGGCCCAAAUAGAGGGGGUGGUUGGAACAACCAGGGUCCUCAGUUUCCCAAUCGUGGAGGACCUAACCAAGGCCCAAACCAAGGACCUAACCAAGGACCUAACCAAGGACCAAACGCAGGAGGAACUGGAUGGAACAGAGGACAGACCAACAGACCUAAUACAGGAGGAAGGGGUCCACAAAAUAAUCCCGGCCAGGGCCCUUGGCUUAUACGACAUGAACUUGGUCAACUCCGCCGACAGAAACGACAGUACCCUCCUCCUCCACAAACACCACAAUAUCAACCACAGACACCACGAUGGCAACCACCUCAGAGACCUACCUUUCCUCAGACUCCAGCUAGGGGACCUGGUGGAGGGCCGGGUCAAGGUGGACCAGGUCAAGGACAAUCACCAUGGAACAGACCUGGCCAAAGACUGUAUCCUCAAACCCCUGGAAGGCAGAAUCCACAAGGACCACAAGGACCUCAGCAAGGCGUGACAACCAGCAGAGGUACCUGCUCUCGAGAUGGUAACUUCAAUCCGACGGUGACAACAAUGGAUUUCACUAAAUUUAAUGCAAGGACUGAGUGGUUCACGUCUAAGCUAGUAAGGCAUCCCUACACUGGUCAGAUGGGGGACAAACAACCUAAUACAUUCUCACAAGGUCUUGAACCUGAAUACGUCACCUUUGACACCAUGGAAACCACCGCGUUUGUUAGUCUUCAGGAAAAUAACGCCAUUGCUACCGUUGACCUGUUUGCGAAUGAAAUUACAGGCAUCCAUCCACUCGGUGCUAAGCAAUGGAAAAGAUAUGACCUGGAUCCUAGUCCUGGCAAUGGACGAGGAUUCCAGAAGUACGACGUCGAAAGCUUCCGCCAACCCGACGCGAUUGAAUCGUACACUGCUGCAAAUGGAGAGACUUAUAUCGUUACAGCGAACGAGGGCAAACAACUUGAAUACGCGUGUAAUCUUCACGCCUGCCCACCGGGCGGUGGAGAAUUCGUUGAGUUCGAGAAGGGGGAUGAGUUUCCUGAAGAUUACUGGUUGACAGCCAAGCUACUUGAAAGAGUCACCAAUGAAGAAAUGUUAGAUGCGUUCAGACUAGGUAAUCUUGAAUUCAGUCGCAUCGACGGUCGCAGUACUGAACAGCCAUUAAAACACGAUAACGUGUAUUUCUACGGUGGUCGUGGCAUCUCGGCGUACCGCGUGGACAGAGAGUCAGGCAACCUCACCCUUGCCUGGGAUAGCGGGGAUAUCAUCGAGAAAGCCACUGCUAAAUACCUACCCAGAAUACACAAUGGCAACAACAGAGUAGGAGAUCCGAGCCUUACUAUGGUCAGCACAUUCGACUCGUGGUCAGACCAAAGGGGCCCCGAGUGUGAAUCCUUGGCCAUUGCGGACGUACAGGGAACCAAACUGAUAUUCGUCGGUAUUGAUCGAAUUAGUGCCAUUGCUCUCUUCAGCGUACCACCAAAUGGGAAUUUACCCAUAUUUGAAUCGAUAAACAGGGACGGGGAUAUUGAUAAAUCUUUCUCAGAGCUUUACAGAACGAAACGAUUCGGAGAUUCGGAUCCAGAAUCUUUAACGGUUAUACCUCCUGAGAAAUCAACAGAUCGAAGACCGUAUCUGAUGGUGACGGGACGUGUGAGUGGAACCAUUACCAUCUAUCAAAUAAGAGAUGAACCAAUCUGGAUGUUACUAAAAAAUAAACCAAGUAGAGAUGUUCGCCCGAUGGGUUCCCUUCCCGUUGUUCUUUUGGCUACUCUCCUCGCAAUAUUAGCUGGUUACAGAAGAUUAAAGUGAUAUUAGAUGUUAUCAAUCUCAAACUAUUGAACUAUAUAUUAGUGGAAUGGAAAUAUAUUUCAAUUCUUCAAUAUCAUGAAUAGUUAGAUGCUUUUAUUUUUGCAUUCUGAUGAGUGAGACACUAGUACCAUUAAGGAAGAGGACAUUUUAACUAGCACGCUUGAAUUUUGUACUGAAAAGAAGCGAAAUUAUGGCGUCACUACUGCAACAUCAUUGGAUGGACAUUGGAUGAUCAAAGAGCAGAGUGGAAAACAGAAAAACGAUUGUGGAGGCAAUACGGUUAAUUCGUACAAUAAUAAGCAUUUUACAGUCACGAUUAAGGAUUUACAGUACACGAUAAAAAAAACUGUCGUGUUGACCAGUGUACAUGAGGACCAUACUAAUGCAUUUUAAUCAGGGCCCCGUCUUACAAGGAGUUGCGAUUGCUCCGAUCAACCACAACUAUGGAAAGCCAGUAACGCCAACAUCAACAUCUGAAAUGCAAGUUUGUUCAAACCAUUUGUAGAUAAUCAUGCUCUUUAUUCAUACAUUCAUUGCUUUCUUGAAAAAUUCAGUGCGCUUGUCUUUGUGUUUAAAAAGCAUUGCGCAAAUUUCGUGGAGAAAAA